UCAGGGAAUGAUAGGAGGCUGAGGUAGCAGCCAGUUCCUCCUCGCCAACUCCCAGAGAGCCUCCCUCCAUUCCCCAUCCUAGAGAAGGAAACCAAUGCCACGGCCCUCAAGGAGCCCCCGGGACCAGGGUGACCCCCUCGACGAUGUGGCCUACUUCUGCAGGGAUCCCAGGCCCAGGAGCCCCAGAGCGGUCCAGCGAGGCCGGAACCCCUGCAGAGUGACGGAGGAGUCCUCGCCAAACAUGAAUGAUGCCUUCCUGUUUCCGCUCCGUCUCAACGGCCCAUCCCCAGGCCUGGUUCAGUUCGUAGUGGGAUGUAUGUCCUGGAUCACCUGCCUGGCCUGCUUCCUGAGGACUCAGGUCCACCAAAUUCUAUUCAACACCUUCAGAUGCAAACCGCUCUUCCAGAAGCUCAUGGAAAAGACAGGUGUCCUGGUCCUCUUUCUUUUUGGAUUCUGGGUGUUUAUGAUGCACUUACCAUCCAAAGUGGAAGUCUGGCAGGAUGACAGCAUAAAUACUCCACUGCAGAGCUUGAGGCUGUACCAGGAGAAGGUGCGACAUCACACAGGGGAAAUCCAGGUUCUCCGAGGUAUUAUAAAUCAGCUCACUGCCAAGCUCCAGGAGAUGGAAGCCAUGUCAGAUGAGCAAAAAAUGGCCCAGAAGAUAAUGAAGAUGAUACAAGGAGAUUACAUUGAAAAGCCGGACUUCGCCCUGAAGUCUAUCGGAGCCUCUAUUGACUUUGAGCAAACAUCACCCACAUACAACCACGACAAGGCUCGCUCCUACUGGAACUGGAUCCGGCUGUGGAACUAUGCACAGCCCCCGGACGUGAUCCUCGAGCCCAACGUGACACCUGGCAACUGCUGGGCCUUCUCGGGUGACCGCGGCCAGGUGACCAUCCGACUGGCCCAGAAGGUCUACCUGUUCAACCUCACCCUGCAGCAUAUCCCCAAGACCAUCUCACUGUCGGGCAGCCUGGACACGGCCCCCAAGGACUUUGUCAUCUACGGCAUGGAAGGCUCCCCCAGGGAGGAGGUAUUCCUGGGGGCGUUUCAGUUCCAGCCAGAAAACAUCAUUCAGACGUUCCAGCUCCAGAACCAGCCCACCCGGACCUUUGGGGCAGUCAAGGUGAAGAUAUCAAGCAACUGGGGGAACCCACGCUUUACCUGCCUAUACCGCGUGCGAGUGCACGGCUCUGUGACCCCACCCAGGGAGCAGCCUAACUGAUCCCCCACCCCGAGAGAGAUUAAAGUUUAUUCUUCAUGACCCAG